AGAGGGAGCCGGGCCCGCAGUGCAGCGGGAGGCCGCCGACGGGGACGGACGAACGCCCGAACGCCCGAACACCCGAACGCCCGAGCACACGAACGCCCGAACGGCCGCGGCCCCCGAAGAUGACUCGCUUCGGCCUAACGGUCGUCCGCCAUGGCGAAACCAGAUAUAACAAAGAGAAAAUCCUUCAAGGCCAGGGAGUGGACGAGCCCCUCUCAGAAACGGGCUUCAGGCAGGCGGCAGCAGCCGGGAUGUUUCUCAGCCAGGUCAAGUUCACUCACGUUUUCUCCAGCGACCUGACCCGAACGCGACAGCAGACCACUGCCACGAUCCUGGAGAAGAGCGAGGUUUGCAAAGACGUGCCUGUCCGGUGCGAUUCACGGAUUCGAGAGCGGAAGUACGGGGUGGCAGAGGGCAAGCCUCUGAGCCAGCUCAGGAGCCUGGCCCAGGCUGCCGGGGAGCAUUGUCCGGCCUUCACGCCCACGGGGGGAGAGACCCUGGAGCAGGUGAAGCUACGAGCCAAGGACUUCUUUGAGUUUCUUUGCCAACUGGUGCUUGCAGACACAAGGCAGAAGACAGAGGGGCCGAUGGGGACUGCUGAAAAUGGCUGGGCCGGUGCGGCCUUGCCCCUGGGGAGCAGCGGGGAGGGCGGGGCCCCGCCCCUGGACGCCCACAUCUUGGUGGUCAGUCACGGGGCCUACAUGAGGAGCUGGCUCGGCUACCUGGUGAAGGACCUGCACUGUGCCCUGCCCCCGGCACUGAGCCGGUCCGAGCUCAGCGCGGUCAGCCCCAACACUGGCAUCAGCCACUUUGUUGUGGGGCUGGACGGCGGGACACCGGGAGCCAAGCCCACGGUACAGUGUUUGUGCGUUCAUCUUCACGACCACCUGGCCAGUGUGACAGACGCCUAGGCCCGGGGCACCUUUUGGGGUGGCAGUCUGAGUGCCCCCGUCCCGGCUCCAUGAACAGAGGUCCACAGCCAGCCAUGGACAGGGGCCAUCGGUCCCAUCUCCCAACACUGUCUGCCCAAAGAACAGCCCCACCCUGAGCUCAGAAGAGCAGUUUUCCUUCUACUCCAUUGGGCCAGAGUCGCCCUUCCCCACAGCUGCCCAGGCAGUGCCAACCAAGCAGGGCGAGGGGUGAGAAGACGGUGCCGCUUUGUUUCCCCGAGUUCUCCACAGAAGUGGUGCAACUUUGCAAGCAGUGACCGUGUUGGGUCUGGUGCCAGCUAUGGGCAGAUCCAUGACUCCCCACCAGGUGAGGUGGCACCAAUGCCCAGAGCCUGCCUGCCCGUGCCCUGAGGUUAUCAGCAGGCGGGUGAGGGAGCUGACUCAGACCUGGGCGACCCAACCCGCCCCCACCACGCUGCCUGGCAGAGAAGAGCACUUUGCAGCAGGAGCUGCCCUAAUAGCACAAGUGUUUCUGCAAACGGUUUUAGAGUCUCUCUACGGCCCCCAAUAAACAUCAAUUUCUGCCCA